UGAGGACGCCUACCGGGGAAUUGGCCAGUUCAGAGCUCACCUGGAGACACUGAGGAAGUGGAUGGCCAAGGUCCUGCCAUCUCUUGAUGAAUCUGAGCCGGUCCACGGUGACAUGAGCACUGUCCUCUACCUCAUUGAUGUUCACGAGGCAUUCCAAAAGGAGCUGGGGUCAUACAAGAGAAGGGUGGACUCUGCCAAUGCCAGUGGGGUGGACGACCCAGCAGGCACCCAACAGGACCUGGCCAAGAUGAACACCAUGUGGGCGAAAGUCUUAACCAAAUCUCUUCAGAAAAAGAAGCGUCUGGGUGAAGCUCAAAAGGCUGCCCGAGCAUUUGAGGAGGGACUGUCUGAGUUGCUGGAAUGGAUAAAGCAGCAGAGCGAGAUUCUAGACAAGAUGGUUCCUCCUGGCAAGGACGCCGGCAUUCUCCAGGAACAGAUUGAUGAGAUUAAGGCCUUCAGUCAUGGUAAGCAGGGGAAGUACGAGAGGGUGAGGGGAGCGGGUCAGCGUCUCCUCCAGCUGGCACACCCUCGGGCUGUGGCCAUACUGAUCAGCAACCUGCAGGAACUGGAGAAAGCCUGGCUGGACCUCAGACGACGAGUCGAUACGAAGGGUGUCCACCUUCUUCUGGAGCUCCACGGACACCAGGAGAUGUUGGUCCCCUGCCUCUGGAUGUCAGAGGCAGAGGAAACCCUGACUACCCUGGAGACCAGUCCUAUGACUGAGGAAACUGUCCGCGAUCAGCUGACUCAACAUGAGAAGUACAAUGACAGAAAAGCUAUGGCAGGAAAAGGAAACUAUUUUAAUGAGGAUGAAAAGAAGAAAUGGAUGGGUGUUUUGAAGCCAGAAAUAAUGUCGAGUGAUGAAAGCUGUUGUGAAGAUGAUGAUCAAUUCAUUCUUGUGCAUCCUGUGCCAUGGCUGUCUGCGGAAGUUACUGCAUUUAAGCAGAAACUUGAUGAAGAAAUUAAGAAAGAGAAGAGUCCUCGAGCACAACGUCAAACAAAGCGUAGAGUUAUUGGAUGUCUUUCAUCUAGAUCAGCUCCAACACCAGGCCUUAUCGCAGCUUGGGCUGUU